CCCGAGGGACGAAGGUUAACCGAUAAAUUUACUUUCCACGUUUUGUAAGUGGUUCGCGUCAUCUUGAGUGCUGAGAAAGUUGCAGCAGCAGUGAAUUCUCAAUAAAAUUGAAACAUGAGUGUAUUUCGUUCACCGUACAAAACCAACAGACAAUUUUGGGAUUUCACUCAGUCCGCAGAUUUGGUUUUGCAGGUAGAAGGAAGGAAAUUUUAUGUUCACCGUUCCAUCUUGUCUCACUGCUCACCUGUGUUUCAAGUGAUGUUAGAAUCGGACCACUUCAUCGAGAAACACCAAACAAGUAUAACGUUUCCUGACAAAAGCUCUGCAGAUAUUCAACAGCUGCUCAACUUCAUUUAUCCUUUUGGUCAUCAAAUUACAGAAAACACCGAUGUUGAAAGCUUGUUAAACUUAUCCAGAGAAUACCAAAUAAAGAAAAUCAAAGACCUGUGUGAAGCGUACUUACUUCGAAAAGUACCCACGAUUGAUCAACUCAUUAUAGCACAAGAGUACGACUUGCCGCUUCUUAAAGAUAAAUGCUUGAAGCAACUUUCUGACAAAGCUUUAAAUGGCUUGCAAGAUCAUCCUCGAUUCAGUGAAAUCAAUGAUAAAAAUCGCAUACUUAUAAUGGAGCAACAAUUAAAGAAGUUGCAAGUUUACUGCAAAAAGAUUUCGCAGAUUGCGCAAGCAUCCGAUAUGAGGUUUAUGCCCAUCAUAACACAUAUUCACUGUGGACACAAACCGAAAAAUUGCAACAAUCCACACUUUAUAUGUCAAGUUUGCAAAGCUUCCACUCUUAGGAGCUUCAUCAAAGAAGAGAGCUGGAAAUUAGGGCAAGACAAAAGUAAAUAAAUCAAUCAAUUGUCAAUAAAUCUUUACAGUUCCAUCUUUGUACAUGCUGAAAAUAAACUCUAUUUAUUUGUAUAUUUUAAGUAAUUUUAUAUAUUUUUAUUGUAAAAUAAAUUAUUUUUUAUGAUCAUAUAUCCGUAUA